AUGUCAGAUUUGCAUGACUAUGAGGUCGAGGAGGACAAGCUGGGUAUGACAGUGACAUCAGGUCAUGUGACACUGAAAAAGGACUCCCAGAACCUGAUUGGUAUCAGUAUUGGAGGUGGCUCUCCGCUGUGCCCUUGUUUAUACGUGGUGCAGGUAUUUGAUAACACAGCCGCAGCUAAGGAUGGCUCUCUUGCCGCAGGAGAUGAAAUUGUUGGUGUUAACGGACAGUCGGUCAAAGGUCGGACUAAAGUGGAAGUAGCCAGGAUGAUUCAGGCAAUAAAGAGGGAGGUGACUAUUAACUACAAUAAACUACAUGCAGAUCCCAAACAAGGAAAAUCCUUGGACAUAAUUCUUAAGAAAGUCAAGCACAGAGUGGUGGAAAAUAUGAGUUCCAACACUGCAGAUGCCCUUGGUCUCAGCAGAGCAAUCUUAUGUAAUGAUGGUUUACUGAAGAAACUGGAAGAAAUGGAGAGAACUGCUGAGAUGUAUGGGGGUUUGAUCAACCAGACACAAAAACUUCUAAAAGCAGUUUUUGAGCUGUCCCAGUCACAUAAAGCAUUUGGUGAUGUCUUUGUUGAUAUCGGCGUGAGAGAACCCCAGCCUAGUGCCAGUGAAGCGUUCUCCAAGUUUGGGGAAGCCCACCGCAGCAUGGAGAAGUUUGCCAUCAGGAUGCUGAAGACAGUCAAGCCGAUGAUCAGUGACCUCAACACGUUCUUACACAAGGCUGUUCCUGACACCCGCCUGACAGUCAAAAAGUAUUUGGAUGCCAAGUUUGAGUACCUGUCAUACUGUUUGAAGGUGAAGGAGAUGGAUGAUGAAGAGUACAGUUACGCCUCUCUGCAGGAGCCGUUGUACCGGGUUGAGACAGGCAAUUAUGAGUACAGACUGGUAUUGAGAUGUCGUCAGGAUGCCAGAACCAGGUUUGCCAAAAUGAGAUCUGAUGUAUUGGUUAAGAUGGAGCUGCUGGACCAAAAACACGUGCAAGAUAUAGUCUUCCAGCUGCAGAAGUUUGUGACUGCCAUGGCCAAGUACCACACAGACUGUCAUGAUGUGAUGAAGGAUGCUGUUGUCUUCCCCAUCGAGGUGGACCUCUCACGAGGCACAUUCACCUAUGACACAGCCAACAGCUUCGACGAUGGUGGCGAUGAUGAUGAUGAGGAGGAGGAGCAGGAAGAAGAAGAGGAAGAGGCAAAUGAAGGUGAUGAGGUGAAUAGACAAGAUGGUGUUCAGACUCAAACGCAAGGUGGUGUUUUAACUGGAAACUUACUAGAUUGA